CUCCUACACACGCCAUUUAGUAUUCAUGAAGAGGCCACCACCAUCAGCAAGCGCAGCACCACAUCCACAAGAGAGCGCCGCUACUUUGCCACCGACUCCUACUCGCCCGAGAUGGAGCUUCGAUGUUGCUAAAACCAUGCUCGCCGAGCUCAAGUCACAGCGCGGCAUCGCGCUUCCACUGGCUGGCAUGAACCUGACGUGGUUCGCCAAGAUAACCGUCACCACCGCUUUCCUCGGCCGGCUUGGCGAGCUCGAGCUAGCCGCCGGCACUAUUGGCUUCACCUUCGCCAACGUCACUGGCUUCUCCGUCCUCACGGGCCUCAGCGCCGCAAUGGAGCCCCUGUGCGGACAGGCCCAUGGGGCCCGCAACCGCGCUCUCCUCCGCAAGACCCUCCUCAUGACCACCACCCUCCUUCUCGCUGCCUCAAUCCCAAUCGCCCUCCUUUGGCUCAACGUAGACCGCCUCCUCCUCCGCUUCGGCCAGCAGCGCGACAUCGCGCGCCUCGCCAAGCGAUACGUCCAGCAUCUCCUCCCCGACCUCGCCGUGACCUCAUUCCUCUGCCCCCUCAAGGCCUACCUCAGUUCGCAGGGCGUCACGCUUCCUACUCUCUUCAGCUCGGCCGCCGCGCUCGCAGUCCACGUCCCCCUCAACCUGCUGUUCUCCCGGGCCAAGGGAAUCGAGGGCGUGGCGAUGGUCAUCUGGCUCACCGACCUCGCGGUCGCGAUCAUGCUGGCGUCAUACGUGGGGAUAACAGAAUGGGGCAAGGGGGACGGCAGCGCAGAGGCCAAGGGGUGCGGCAGCGCAGAGGCCAACCAGGGGCCGCGGUGGUGGGAACAGAGCGCGGCUGAGUGGGGAACGCUGCUUCGGAUCGCAGCGCCCUGCUGCCUGACCACGUGCCUCGAGUGGUGGUGCUACGAGAUCUUGGUCUUACUCACCGGCCGGCUGCCUGACCCGCGGCAGAUGUUGUCGGUCAUCGCCGUCGUGCUUAACUUCGACUACCUCCUCUACUCGGCGAUGCUGUCGCUGGCCACGUGCGCGUCGACGCGGGUGUCCAACGAGCUCGGGGCGGGGAGGCCAGGCAACGCCCGGAGCGCGGCGUAUGUAUCCAUCGGGGUAAGCGUCCUCGCCGGCUUGUGCGGCGGAGCGGCUAUGGCGGGCGCGAGGGGAGGAUGGGGGAGGUUGUUCAGCCGUGAGAAAGGGAUCGUGGAGGGGGCGAAGAAAAUGAUGCUGGUGAUGGCGGCAGUGGAAGUGAUGAAUUUCCCGGUGGCGACCUGCGGCGGGGUGGUGCGCGGCACCGCAAGGCCGUGUCUGGCGAUGUACGCCAGCCUCGGAGGGUUUUACCUGGUGGCGCUGCCGUCGGCUGUGGCGAUGGGCUUCGCUAUGCGGCUUGGCCUCUGCGGGCUGCUGCUCGGCUUUUUGGUGGGCGCCAUGGUCACUGCCUCCUUGUUGGUGUUUUUCGUGUACCGAAUCGAUUGGAACGAAGAGGCAAACAAAGCAGAGCAUUUGACUGGAAAAACACCUGAUGAAAUGAACGAGAACAUCAGUGCGUAGAGAGUAACAGACUGUGGCAGCGGAUCAAACAAGGAAGAAACUGGAAGCCUUAAUUACUGUAACAGGAGCUGGAACAAGGAAGAAACUGGAAGACUUACCCUAACCAUGUCUGGAGCUUCCACCUCUCGCUGCUACAAUGAAUCAGGCAAGCGAAAUCAUUUUAUUCUGUCGAUGGUUUUUUUUUUAUCCACUUUUCCACUAUUGAUGCUAAAUAGUUCAUAUCCAACAGAAAAUCCAAAAUAAAUAAAUUGGGUCA